UCCGUUAUUCCUUCUUCACUCCGCCCCCGGCCAGCUUCACGCCCGCCCCGCCUGCACUUCUUUCUUUUUCCACCGCCACUUCCAGCCCGCCUACCCGGCCUUCGGCUCGCUCUGGCCGGCUGCAGACCCACGGACUCCCGGGACUCACUCAGCGGGACAGAGCGCUUGUUCAGGUGGACGGAACUUACCAGGCAGUCGCAUUGCAGCACCUCCAUCUCCAUCUCCGGAACCCGACAUCAUAAUAUUCAGUUUGGAUGAAUUUGCGGCGUGAGGAGCGUUCAAGUUGCGGGUGAAAAUGUGACUGAGUGGCCGCUGCUUGGACACGAGAGAGCCGCCUGGUUAGCCUUCAUCCCGCGGCACCGUUAUUAGCUUUUCCCCCGCCUGCACACAUCUGCUCUUCAUCAUUUCCCGAGGCAAUUUCCACGCGUAAAGGGCGGAAGAGGCCAAACAACAAGGAUGCUGUCCGAGCUGAGCCAGUGGUUCUGGCAGGAGCGGCUGUGGUUUCCGAAAGGCCUGGGUUGGGCCGACCUGGAGGAUCGGGAAGGACGAGUGUACGCCAAAGCGGGGGACCUGUGGGUGGCCCUGCCCAUUGCUCUUGUAUUUCUGAUCGUGCGUCAGAUCUUUGAAAGGACAGUGGCAACGCCUCUGGCCUCUCUGCUGGGAGUGAAAGAAACGGAGCGGCUGCGGGCGCCUCCCAACCCCACGCUGGAGUCCUACUACUGUACUGUGACCAAAAACCCCACACAGGUUUCAGUGGUGAACCUUUGCAAGCAGACAGGCUGCUCGGAAAGACAAGUGCAGCGAUGGUUUAGAAGACGGAGGAAUCAGGACAGGCCCAGCUUGCUGAAGAAGUUUCGAGAGGCCAGUUGGAGAUUUACCUUUUACCUUCUUGCUUUCAUUGCUGGCCUGGCCGCCCUCAUCGACAAACCAUGGCUGUAUGACCUGAAGGAAAUGUGGCAAGGCUUUCCUGUGCUGACUCUUCUACCAUCUCAGUAUUGGUACUACAUGAUAGAACUGGGCUUCUACGGCUCGCUGCUCUUCAGUGUGGCCUCCGACGUUAAACGCAAAGACUUCAAGGAGCAGAUUGUCCACCACGUUGCAACCAUCCUCCUCAUCAGCUUCUCAUGGUGCGUCAACUACAUCCGUGCUGGAACCCUCAUCAUGCUGGUCCACGACUCCUCUGAUUACCUCCUUGAGUCUGCAAAGAUGUUCAACUAUGCAGGCUGGAGGAACGCGUGUAACUACAUCUUUAUUGUGUUUGCCGGCGUCUUCAUCGUCACUCGCCUCGUCAUCUUCCCUUUCCGGAUUAUCUACUGCACAUGGGUGUACCCCGUGACCAUCUACGAACCUUUCUUUGGGUACUACUUCUUCAACGGGCUGUUGAUGGUGCUGCAGUCGCUUCACAUCUUGUGGGCUGUUCUCAUCAUACGAAUAGCCGUCCGCUUCCUCACCAACAACGAGAAAGUGGAUGACGAGAGGAGUGACAAGGACGAGACGGACGAGACAGACGAGGAAGAGGACGAAGAAGUGAGAAAGAGCCGUCAGAAAAACGGGCCGCUACAGAACGGCCACGCGGUCCACAACAACAACCACAGCAAGGCGGAAUGACACGAAAUGCGCAGGGGGGGAGAACUUGUGAUCCUCGGCGGGGCCAGCGGCGCCCCGAGCGAGGGGAGGAAGAACGCUUGAGUGGCGGUAAGAAGAAGAAUGGAGGCGUUUUAGUCAUGCGUCGAAAGGUUAGCGCAGCGAGGAAAUGAGACAGUGUUACCUUUGCACAUCACACAACACAUUACUUACACCGGCAUGGCUCCGUUCUUGCUUCCUCGUUAUUGCCCGGGUGUGACCGACACUUUAGACAGGGAAGAACAUGGAGACGAGAGAGGCGCCUCGCUUCCUUCCUGUGUGCCUUAGAGCCAGACCCCUGGCUUUCCAAGAAAUGCCAUUUUAGACCCGAUGCUUUAAUUGUUUUUAAUCUGUCGCUUCGUGCUUGGAGUGGCGCUCCACGGCAGGCCAAGACCUUUGAUUUCCUACAUUUUGUCUAUGCAACCACACGAGUGUUGAGCUAUUGCGAUGCCUUUGCACAACCCCGCACUUCCCGUUCUCGCUUUUUUUUUUCACGGCACUCCAACUUGUACCAGGUGUGAAGCGUUGGCGAUCUGGGGGCCACGUCGCUGCGUCACAGGACCUUUAAAGGGGAACUGCACUUCUGUAAAACGUUUUGAUAUCGUUCACAAUCCCAUUGUGAGACAAGAACACACAUCUUUCUCUUUUUUAUGCAUUCUAAAUCGUAAAAAACAUCUAGCAAGAGGCAGUUAACAAUGCAGGUAAUGAGUAUCCCUCUAAAAUAAGGAUAAUUAACCUUUUUUACCUUGGGAACUAAAUAUUAACACUGAAUUAAUAAUAUUACCCUUAAUUUUUUAUUUUGGUUUUUUUUAUAAUUUUUUUUGUUCUGUCCUGUCCCCUGAUUUUAAUCAUAUUCAAUAUGUAUAUCUAACCUACUUACAGUUUACAACCUUGUCAAAUGAUAUGAAAGCGUGUGUUAAUAACAAAUAUUAUUAUCAAGGCUUAGGUCAGGCUGAGUACAAAAAUAAAUACUGAUAAUCAGAUAUACUGCAAAAGAAGAGACUUGUAAAAAAAUGUUUUUAAUACAAUUACGCAAAGCUAAAAUCAAUCAAUUCUACUACUAAGGCUUAGGUCAGGCUGAGUACAAAAAUAAAUACUGAUAAUAAGAUCAAAAGAAGGGACUCGUAAAACAUUUUUACAUACAAAAAGCAAAGCUAAAAUAAAUAAAUUCUACCUAAUAAUAAUAACUAUUGAUAAUAAAAUGUUUGUUUACUAAAUAGUCAACAAAACGAUAGUACAGCUUGACCACUUUAGUCAUAAUUUUUUGUGCUUAAGAAACUUCCAGACUUCUUCUGUUUGUUUGAUAUUGUCAUUUCUGCCCCCAAGUGGAGGAAACGCGUAUUACAACUGAGUACAGCUGAGAAAAAUAUAUGUUGUAGCGGCCCAACAAUGGGCCCUAUGGUUAAGAAACGCUGCUCUAAAAACCUCCAUCAACGUGUUUAUAUACGUGGUGUAAGUAUUUAUGUAAUGUAGUAACAGGCACAUUCAUGAUUAACGUGUAAUACUUACCAUAUUUCGGUCAUUUUAAGCAUAGCCAGAACUUCUUUUUGGCCUCAUUAAUUUCACAGACGUUCACUAUUCCCUUCAACAACGACACUACCAAUCAUGAAAGACAUUAUACGGGGCAACGACGACACUAUGAAGAAAUGAUGAUCCAGAAACAUAUAUAUUUUUGAGCCUGAGUAUAAGGAGGACGCACUACAAGUUAAACAGAUACAGUUCUAGUGUAACACUAAGUAUCAAGUAGCAGUAAUGCUAAGUGCUAAAAAAGAAAGACAAAAUACGAACGUAAUAAAAUAAUCUGUUGUCACUGGGAUGCUGGCUGAUGGGCACAAGACUUUUGAUCCCCGUUUGGACGAUGAAAUCAUCACAAUCCCCACUCCUCAGGUAAAAAAAAAAAAUGGUGGGAGCAAACAAGCAUAUUGAUGUGUCUUCCAAGCACCCGGCAGGCGCAAGACAAUGUUGAUUAUAUGUACAUGUUUUUUAGAACUGACUUUGAAACAACGUUGCAAAAGUAUUUGUAAAAUAAGACAACAUUGACUUCCAACGUUGGAUCCACGUUGUUGGUUGGGAAAUUACCAAAUUUCAAUGGUCAAAUCAACGUCAAAACCUGACGUUGAAUAAACGUCAAAAAGCAUGUUGUUUCAAUGUUGUUAUUUGUGUUGUAGAAUAUUGGUUGGGAAAUGACCAAAAUGUAAUGGACAAAUCAACGUCAGACCCUGACAUUGAUUAAAAAGCAUGUUGUAUCAACGUUAUUGACAGGUUCAAACACUGAUCACAUCUAAUAAACAAGACAAGAAGCAAGGAAUUAAACAGAGACAGAAUUAAAUUUGGUUCAAUUGAGGAGAGACGUCUGGACUGUACUAUUUUUACAGUCUCACCACGCUCUGGCGAAAGAUUGUACGCCUCCUCUUUUAUUUGGACUUUCCCUGAUUACAUGGCAACAGCUGUUUCUAAGGGACAGGGGUCGUAAACAGCCGUCGCCUUUGGUUACAGAACAGUUCAAAGAAAUGAUCGUAAACAGUUCACAGAAAAUGUCGUAAAACAGUUCAAAGAAGAGGUCCCUGUAGGGGAGUCAGGUCCUGCUUCCUCUUCGCUUUGUAGAUCUCGGGUCAAGACAAUAUCUUUCUGUUGAUUACAAUACAUCAAAGAAACAGAACACCUUCAUGUUGCUUCCCAUCCUACACAGUGGAGUUUUACAAGCCUUCUUCUUGGUAGGAUCAAAGACAGCUUUUGUCUUCUCGCCGGGCACUCAUGGCAACACAAAGUUUUGUGACAACUUAGAUACAAUUAUUCUGACAGUUAUGUUUGAGUUGCUCAACGUCAGGACCUAAUUCAAUGAGUUCUCAACGUUAUUUUAAUGUCUUGUGCCUGCUGGGUAAUAUCUUGGGGUCUAAGUUGGAUGUUAUGAUUGACCAACUUUUCAGCUUAUGUCCACAACCUUUUACUAUCCAGGUGAGAGGCACGAUUUAUAAUCAAGCACAAAUGUUUGCCAACUCAGAGGCGAUGCAGCAGCUCAGCAUGUGUAUAGCUGCAGUAGCUACUGUUACCUCUGCCAUCAAGGCGCUGUGCUAAUAAAAGUAGUUCCUCUGCGUUAGCGCUUAUAAUACCAAUAUCUCUAUUACUUAGUCAAUAUUCAGGUCAUGAGAUAUACAGUAAAUGGAGUAUUGUUGGCAAUUAAUGUUUUUUUAGCUUUAUGGGAGGAAUAGCUGAAUUCCAUUGUUAGCCUCUUCUUGCUAGUCCAUUUUUUACCAUUUAGAAUGUUUAAAAAAAAGAGACAGACAUUGCACCAAAAGGUGCAGUUCCCCUUUAAAUGUGAAACGUGAGCAGUGGAAUCGCAGCUCCAUGCGACACAUUUCAGUGUUCCGAUACCGUGCUUUUUGCCUGAAGAGCCGGGUGUUGUUGACCACAAGAGCCUGUUUUCACACAUCGGCACUCCAACACUUUGUCAUCGUGUGAAUGCUGAAUUUGGACGGUGUUGCUACAGCAGGGGUGUCCGUAGUGUGGCCCGGGCGGCCGUUUGCGGCCCGCAGCUAAUUUUUUAACUAUAAUACAAUUAAAAGUGGAAUAAAUGGUGAAAUAUAACAAGAACAAAUGUUGACACUAAUAACACAAAGCUGCCAUGCAGGCUGUUUUUUUUUCUUUAAAACGUGUCAUCACUCAAAAAUAAUAAUGAAUCAAAAUCAAUGCUGUUAAGAGUUAUUGACUUAUUCAAGGCUCCAAUUACUUCACAUCAAAUAUUCCACUUUGAAAUAUUUUUAGGGGGGAAAUAUUGCAUAUUUUGUGCAUUGUGACAUUAAAAACUAGAUUUUAUUGAUCAAAAAGGUCAUAAAACAAACAAAAAUACAUGAAAAAAAUAAUACAAAAUUAUAAUCGACAGAUAUAUCUGAAGUUGAUCUAGAGACUUAAACAUUAAAAGUACAUUUUUAAAAAGACUUAUUUUAAACACUUUUAUUCUGGGGGCCUUUUUGAACACCAAUCAUUUUCAGUGGGACUUUUUUUAAAGUUCUUUUUAAAUGUCAUUGUUCAAAAAUAAUAAUAAUUAAAAUCAAUGAUUUUAUGAAUUAUUGACCUAUUUAAGGCUCAAAUUACUUCACAUCAAUUAUUCCACUUUCAAUAUUUUUUGGGGGGAAAUAUUGCGUAUUUUGUGCAUUGUGACAUUAAAAACUAGAUUUUGUUGAACAAAAAGGGUAUAAAACAAACAAAAAUACAUGAUAAAAUAAUACAAAAUUAUAAUCAACAGAUAUAUCUGAAGUUGAUCUAGAGACUUAAACAUUAAAAGUACAUUUUUAAAAAGACUUAUUUUAAACACUUUUAUUCUGGGGGCCUUUUUAGAUCAGCAAUCAUUUUCAGUGGGACUUUUUUUUAAAUUCUUUUUAAAUGUCAUUGUUCAAAAAUAAUAAUUAAAAUCAAUGAUUUUAUGAAUUAUUGACCUAUUUAAGGCUCAAAUUACUUCACAUCAAUUAUUCCACUUUCAAUAUUUUUUGGGGAAAAUAUUGCAUAUUUUGUGCAUUGUGACAUUAAAAACUAGAUUUUCUUGAACAAAUAGGGCAUAAAACAAACAAAAAUACAUGAUAAAAUAAAAUAAAAAAUUAUAAUCAACAGAUAUAUCUGAAGUUGAUCUCGAGACUUAAACAUUAAAAGUACAUUUUUAAAAAGACUUAUUUUGAUCACUUUUGUUCUGGGGGCCUUUUUGGAUCACCAGUCAUUUUUAGUGGGAUUUUUUUAAAAGUUAUUUUUAAAUGUUAUUGUUCAAAAAUAAUAAUAAUUUAAAUCAAUGAUUUUAUGAAUUAUUGACCUAUUUAAGGCUCAAAUUACUUCACAUCAAUUAUUCCACUUUCAAUGUUUUUGUGGGGGAAAUAUUGCAUAUUUUGUGCAUUGUGACAUUAAAAACUAGAUUUUCUUGAACAAAAAGGGCACAAAACAAACAAAACUACAUGAUAAAAUGAUACAAAAAUUAUAAUCGACAGAUAUAUCUGAAGUUGAUCUAGAGACUUAAACAUUAAAAGUACAUUUUUUAAAAAUACUUAUUUUUGAACACUUGUUCUGGCGGCCUUUUUGAAUUUUUAGUGGGACUUUUUUAAAGUUGUUUUUAAAUCUCAUUGCUCAAAAAAUAAUAAUUAAAAUUGAUAAUUUUAUGAAUUAUUGACCUAGUUAAGUCUCAAAUUACUUCACAUCAAUUAUUCCACUUUCAAUAUUUUUUUUAGGGGAAAUAUUGCAUAUUUAGUUUUUGGCAUAAAAACAGGGUUUUGACAAAAAAGGUCAUAAAAAACAAUAACUGUAUAUCGACAGAUGGACCUGAAGUUGAUGUCAAGAUUUAAAAUAAUAUAUUACUUAUUUUUAAAAUGUUUAUGACUGAGACCCGUUUGGGUCCUUGGUACCAAACUUGAGGGGAGUCCUAAAGGAUAAAAACAAUCUAUAUUGGUUUUGAAAAUGACAAAUCAAAACGGCCGCCGCAUGUUUUGAUUUGUCAAUGUGGAAAACAUCUGGACACCCCUGUUCUACACCAAUUGCAUUCUUCAAUUUGCCCGUGCCUUGUCACACAGAACCCUGAGAAGUGGCGUACAGAUUUAACUCGCCGAUAAUGAUCCCGUCAUCAGAUUCGUCACGAUGUCUGCACCGGCUGGCUCGGGUGGAAAACUUCCUGACGUUUUACCGUACGAGCCCCUUUUACGUGAGUUGGCUUUUUUCCCACGUGUUGGUGCUGUUCACACAGAACAGGCUUGGGUUAAAACUGUCAACUAUUAUCAAUUAUUGUUAUCAGUUAUCUUCAGUCACGGGAGAAGAAAACAGCUCACGCCCCUCUUACUCGCCACCACGACUAUGAACAGUAUCAGUUGUCUAUAACUUUGUUAUAAGUACGCCUCUGCGGAACAUUGUGUUCGUAUUAACAUUCAAGAAAAGUAAAUAUAGAUCGACUUACAACAAAGAAUAACUUCAUCAACAUUGUUUUAGUCUGUAACAGAAAAUAAUAAAAGUGCAUCAAUUUGCUUGAAAUAAAAAAAUAUAUAUUUUUAACAACUUGAGCUAUUUCUCAAUAACUGAUAAUAAACAAUGUAUAGGAAAUAAUUGAAAAGGAGCAUGUAUGGUCAACAUAAAUUGAAAAUGUGAGCAAAUGUGCUGGGUCAAAAGUAUACAUACAGCAAUGUUAAUAUUUGCUUACAUGUCCCUUGGCAAGUUUCACUGCAAUAAGGCGCUUUUGGUAGCCAUCCACAAGCUUCUGCUUGAAUUUUUGACCACUCCUCUUGACAAAAUUGGUGCAGUUCAGCUAAA